AGAGCAGGAGAGAAGGAUCAUUACUAAAUAUUAAAUUAUUAGCUGUAGAAAAAUUUUAAAAAUAAUGUUUAAAAGGGUGGUACUUCACUUUACGUUAUUAGUUUUGUUUAUUUGCGCAGCAUUAAGUACAAUUGCACCGGGAAACAAAGCAAAAGGCAAAUCAAAACAAUUGAAAAUAAAGUCUGGCGCUCAAAAUGAAAGUGUUCACGAUUUAAAUUUGAUCGAUGUGGAGCCUUCAGCUAAAGAGAUACUCAUAAAUUGUCAAGCCUAUUUUAAGGAUACAUCGAUCCGUAACUUUAACAAUACUGUUUUAGGCUAUACAACACCAUGGAAUUCACAUGGUUAUAAUGUGGCUAAAAUAUUUAGCAAAAAAUUUGAUAUCGUCUCUCCUGUGUGGUUUCAACUGAUUAAACAAAAUGGCAAAUAUACCAUAGCUGGUGAACAAGAUAUCGAUUCUAAUUGGCUAAAUGAGUUCAGGCGUCAGGAUAAUGCCAUUUUGCCUCGUUUCGUCUUCGAGAAAUUCAGUGAUCGGGAUUUUUCAUUGAUGCUGAGUAAAUCAACGGAACGGACGAAAGUCAGCAAAGUUAUUAUUAAUCUUUGUUUACAACAUGGAUUUGAAGGAAUCGUCUUGGAGUACUGGUCGCAAUUGACUGGGCGCGUAGAUAACAAGUUCUUGGUUAAUUUAGCUGUGGACAUAAGUAAAGCUCUUCAGGAACGUAAUUUGAAGCUUGUACUAGUCAUACCACCAAUGCGUAAAGAAUUACCUAAUGCCUUCACUGAUAAAGAAUUGGAUCAGUUGUAUACAUAUGUUUACGCUUUCUCCUUAAUGACGUACGAUUAUUCAAGCGUACAUCGACCAGGUGCAAAUGCUCCGCUCUAUUGGAUUAGACAAACAGUUGAGAAUCUCACUCCUGCAAAUAGUCGUGAUUUUGAUGAGAAACGUCGGAAAAUUCUACUAGGUAUCAAUAUGUAUGGCAACGAUUACACGCCAGACGGCGGAGGUCCUAUAGUGGCUCAUCAGUAUUUGGAAUUGUUGGGACACGUUAAAAAACGUUUAUCUUACGAUGAGCAUGAUGAGGAAAAUUUCUUCGAAAUUAGGACAAGCUCUGGUCGACACUACGUGUUUUAUCCUACUUUGUAUUCUAUUAAUGAACGUAUUAAGCUGGCGCAAGAAAUGAGAGUUGGGAUUUCAAUAUGGGAGUUAGGACAAGGUUUAGAUUAUUUUUAUGAUUUAUUUUGAAUUAUUCCUAUAAGAAACGAAAGGAAACACACAUUCCAACAAUAAAUCUUAUAAAACU